AAGCAAACAAACAAAUUUCUCCCUCGCUUUCCUCAACGCCCCAAAGUCCAAAUCUUGUCCUGCCUGCAACAACGUCUUAAACAACAGCGAGGUACUCCAGAGGUGGCAGCACGGUGUGCGACGCGACCAUCCCAACGACGGCGACAUCAAUGCCAUCGUCAUCGUCCCUGCCGCCGGCUCGCUGGGCUGCAUCUGUCUGUCUCGUCGACCAGAGCUAGGCAGACACAGAAAACUCUCAAAUUCGCCCAUGCUUGAAGCAGCAACAGCGAGCGGAGGAACAUGAUGAUGGUGCCGUCGAUGCCGCCGGAGGUUGAGCCGUCGUCGGCGUCGUCGUCCCGGCCCAAGCGGCUCUACCAGGACUGGAAGGGGAACAACGUAUUCCUGUGUGGCGGAAGGCUUAUACUCGGGCCGGACGCAGCCUCCCUGCUGCUGUCGACGUUCCUCGUCGCUGGCCCGGCCAUCGUCUUCUGCUACCAGAUGCAGUCCAAGUUCUUUCGCUCUAACGGGCAACCACACAUGCACCGGGCUGCGCUGCUGAUUGUGAUCAUCACAACAUUAGUGGACCUGUUCUUCCUGUUCAUGACAUCGGCCAGAGAUCCGGGAAUAGUGCCACGAAACACAAGAGCUCCGCCGCCCGAAGCUGAUGAACGAAACCUCCCUACCACGCCAUCAAUGGAGUGGAGUAUGGGGGGCACCCCGCGGAUGAGGUUUCGUCGGACCAAGGACGUCAUCGUGAAUGGCUUCACAGUGAAGCUCAAGUUUUGCGAGACCUGCCUCAGGUACCGCCCGCCACGAUCCUCACACUGCUCCAUCUGCAACAACUGCGUCCAGAAGUUUGAUCACCACUGCCCGUGGGUUGGCCAGUGCAUUGGACUCAGGAACUACCGCUUUUUCUUCAUGUUCAUAGCCACAUCAACGUUCCUGUGCAUGUCCGUCUUAAUCUUUUCAUGGCUGAAUGUCUAUGGCGAAAGGGAAGACAACGGUGGCUCUAUCUGGAGGGCCUUGCGCAAGGAAGUGUACUCUUUUGUGUUGAUCAUCUAUACUUCCAUUGUUGUAUGGUUCGUUGGUGGCCUAACAGUAUUGCACCUAUAUCUGAUUAGUACUAAUCAGACAACAUACGAAAACUUCAGAUACAAUUAUGACAAACAGGACAAUCCUUACCGGAGGAGCAUCGCAGAAAACUUUGCUGAAGUGUUCUUCACCAAGAUCCCUCCUCCAAUGAAUGACUUCCGUUCACAGGUAGGUGAGGGUGCUUUGGAAGCUGGGUUCUACACUCCAUACAUUGGGUUGGAUGUGACUAGCGCAAGGGAGAAGAUUGAUAUAGAGACGCGAGAGAAGGAAGUACUCGUAGGGGGGAUUCAGAUUCCAACAGUACUGCAGAAUAUAGACUACGGCUCCUUUGAAGAUGGUUCACAUGACAAGAGCAAGAAUGAUGGCAACAGAACAGUUUCUUCUUCUCCAGCUUGGGCACAAAAAGGAAGUGAAGGUGCUGGAACAUCAGUAGCAGCUAUGGAAGCAUGUAAGGAAGAAACAAGCGAGGACGAUGCUAAGGAAAUUAGUAGUGCAAAUACAAGUCCCGCACGAACAUCCACACAAGGUAAUGCAAUAUCUGAUGAUGAGACAGUUCAGCGCGAUACUAAGGAGAAUAACUCUCAGAUAGAAGUUGAAUCUUCCCAGCCCGUGAAGGACAUGAGCUGAUAGGUAUUACUCAUAUAUGUUUUGAGUAUUUGUCCAUAGAUAUGUCCACUGUGAGUUGACCUCAUUCUUUACAAUAUAGAGAAAAAGGAAGUACAGAAAAUACAUUUUU